CCACCUAUCACCGACAGUAACUGCACUAUCAUAGAGCGGAUUUCGUAUGACUGUGCAAAAAAAACACGGUACGUUCGUGCUGUGUCCGUACCGUGCCGUAGCCGUGAUGCAUUGAAAAAUCUUUACUUUCAUUUGAAAUCCUAGAAGRCGAGGUUCCGUGACCGUGCCGUGCCCGUGUUGUGAUCCGUGCUUUUGCACAGUCAUACGAAAUCCGCUCUAAGAUAUAUUAUAUACAGYAGUUAGUACUAAUAGUAUGUGUAAUAGURAUGUUGACGUCACUUUAUAUUYGACUUUGAGAUCAAUCAGAAAACCUCUGACUUGAAAGAAAAAUGAAAAUGAUACGCGUUGCAUUUAAUACCUCGUGCCCCCGGCCUAUGGACUGGGCACGUSUAUAGAUGAAAAACUACUUUAUUUUAGAGCAGUWUMACGACCAAGCCACAUUUAAACCAGCUUUUGACGUUGCAGCAUAAAGUAUUCGACUGUAUAGGACUGGCUUUUGUCUUUYAUUGUGAUUUUACGACGACUCUGAAUAAAUUCAGAAUAUUUCACGCAUUGGAAGACUUGCGUGACGAAACACGGCUUCAAGUUUAUAAUCCUACCAAAACCAGAAUUAGGUGACAAUUACUGUUUGUUUAAGUUCCAAUAGCUUCUUUGAGCUUUUAGCGACAUUUGGUAGUAAUUGUAAACAUGAAGCCUUGUAUCAUACAAUUGUACUUGUGCUUUUGCGUUCAACUUUUUCUACAUUCGAGCUGUUUCAGUGAAGAUGAUUCUUUAGUUGUUAAGACUCCUCUUGGAUCUGUUCGAGGUCAACUACAAGCAGUUACCGGAGGUUAUUCAGUUCGACAAUUCCUAGGCAUUCCUUAUGCUCAGCCUCCAGUUGGUGCCUUGCGGUUUGCUAGACCAAAGCCAGCUCUGCCAUGGAAUGGAGUAAGAGAUGCAUUGGAGUUUGGUCCUAUUUGCCCUCAAACAAAUUUGAAGGCCGUGUUUGAAGAAGAUAAUACGGGGGACUCGAGAAAUGAUACGGGAGGAGUAGAUGAAGUUCCUCAGGGUGAAGACUGUUUGAGCCUCAAUGUCUACACUCCAUCAAGAGCUACUGGUAAUGACAAGCUAUCUGUCAUGGUUUGGAUUCAUGGAGGCGGAUUCGCUUUUGGCGCCGGGCGAACCUACAAUCCAUCUUUACUUGUUGCUUUACAUAAUAUUGUAGUAGUAACGAUYAACUAUAGGCUGGCUGUGCUGGGGUUCUUUAACAUUCCCGGUACAGAUAUCAAGGGAAAUUUUGGGAUGCACGACCAGGUCGAGGCCCUCAAGUGGGUUCAGAAGAACAUUGCAUCAUUUGGUGGCAAUCCUGAYCAAGUGACCAUAUUUGGAGAAAGUGCUGGUGGGAUGAGUGUUUCUAGUCACCUCAUCUCCCCCCUUAGUAAAGGAUUGUUUCACCGUGCAAUAGCACAGAGUGGAUCUGCUGUAGGUCCAUUUUCAUGUGUAAAGGUGACAAAUACYGAUGCRCUGGAGGUUUUUAGCAAGRUACUAAAGUGUGAUGGCAAAGACCAUGAAAACCAAAUGGAGUGCUUCAGAGAGAAAAGCGUGGAAGAUAUUCUGGCUGCUCAAGCCAAUGUCACGUUUCCAAUGGCAACUACAGAUCCGUUUCUGACAAUUGUCACCGUUGAUGGUGAGUUUCUCCCCGAUGACCCAGAAUCCCUCAUGAAGGAAGGAAAGAUAAACAAAGCUGAUAUCAUUACUGGCGUGACUGCGCACGAAGGUAGCUACAUGAUAUUUUUCAUGGCGAGGGGUGUUAAAGAGUUCACUGCCGAGGCUUUCAAAACUGCUGUCAAGAAUGAACUGUCGAAUCUUGGAAAGCACACAAAGCUCGUUGAAGACGCAGUUGUUUUUGAGUAYCUUCCCCACGAUGACUUAAACAAUUUAGAUAUGCUUCGACAGGCAGCGAUAGAUGAAAGCACAGAUCACAUUUUCCUUGCACCUGCGGUCGUAGAAGCGAGGUUGUUUUCCAAAGCUGGUAACCGUGUUUWCAUGUAUGUCUUCGAUCACAGUCCCCACCAACCAAGAUUACCGAAAUGGCUUGGCGCCCAUCAUGGCAUUGACCUACCUUUUGUCUUUGGCCGACCAUUAUAUAGAGAUUCUCUGGAACAUGGUAUCGAUUUUCUUCUUCCUGGCAAUUACUCAGCUCUUGAGCAAGGAUUUUCCAAAUAUGUCAUGGA